CAAAAUCCCUAGUAAAAUCGAAAAAUCCCUGUUUCGUGUCAGAAGGGGCUCCGGUUUGCUCCCCUUUACCCAUUUUAUCAUCUCCAACUACUAAAAAAAACACAACCACCCAAAGAUAUGGCAUGCAAUAAACUGUCGAUGGUGGUGCGUUCCUUCAGCACCAGCAACAUCGCCAAUCAGCUCGUCAAGCCCCCAGUUCAAGUAUUCGGCAUUGACGGCCGUUACGCCACUGCCUUGUACUCCGCUGCCGUGAAACAGAAGACUCUCGACGCUGUAGAAAGAGACCUCAAAAAAGUCCAAGAUGCCAUCAAAACCGACGUCAAAUUCAACGAGUUCGUCAGAAACCCGACAAUUAAACGUAGUUUAAAAUCAGAUGCUUUGAAGGCGGUUGCUUCAAAGAUCUCUCUGAAUCCACAAACCAGCAAUUUGUUGCAGACUCUUGCUGAAAAUGGACGUCUGAAGAAUAUCAAUGGGGUCAUCAAUGCGUUUAAAAUACUCAUGGCAGCGCAUCGUGGAGAGGUAACGUGUGAAGUUGUUACUGCCCGGGAUUUAGAUGCAGCCCAGAAACAAAAAUUGGAAGGGGUUUUAAAAUCGUUUGUUAAGUCAAAUGAAACUAUUCAUUUGACCAGUAAGGUUGAUCCUUCCAUCAUUGGGGGUAUGAUUGUCAGCAUUGGUGAUAGAUAUGUGGACAUGAGUGUCGCCAGCAAAAUUAAGAAAUACACAGAGAUCAUCAGCACUCCUGUUUAAAGGUUUAUGAGUUAUAAUAGAAGUUGCAUAGUUGCCCAAUAAAACACUUUCUCCAGUUGA